CCAGGCUGAGGGGAGAGAUAUUAUCUGCAGAUACAGAGUCCACACCCGAAGACUGCAGGCGUCACCACCGAGGCCUCCUCCAUUGUCCGCUCCACCUGCCUCUUCUCACAGAUGCCCGGCUCCAGGAACCGUCUCCAGAUGAGCGUGGAGAUGCGGAGAGACGUCAGCCUGUGGUCACAGACGUUUGCUCUUCUUCGGAAGAAUCUUCUGCUGAUCUGGAGGCGAAAGGAGGACACUGUCUUGGAGUGGAUCCAGCACGUGGCGUUGGUGCUGCUGGUGUUUGCUUUGACUUCCAGAUACCGUAGCCUAAGCAAAAAUGAGCUCAUGCCGGCGGAGGAUCUUGGGCAAUUGGAUCAAUUUGACCAAAAAGAUUUCAUAGUUGGUUAUGUCUCAUCUACACCAGCGGUCCGGGAAAUUAAGCAGAAGUUAACGAGAGCCUCAGAAAUCAAGGUUAAGCAAGGCGCGCGGCCAACGCCUAAUUUAUGUAGGACAGACAUUGAUGACUGUAGAAUGGAUGGAUACCUUCACUUUCUAAUAACCCUAAGACUAACCGUUCAGGAGUUUCGCGGUGACGAGCAGAUGCUACAGGACGGUACGGGCGCGUCAGUGGUCAGAGUGGAAUUUGAUAAUACAUUUCAAUACUAUAUUAGGUACAAGGUGAAUAACGUCUCAAGCCCAAGCGACUACUUUCAAUACGAAGAAACUUGUGAAGACGACCACAUGCAAUGCUUUCCAUCGCUUUACUGGAAGAACGGGUUUCUGCUGCUGCAAGCCAGUAUUGACUCCGCCAUUGUGGAGCUGACCACUAAUCAUUCAGUCUGGACCAGUAUGGUCUCCACUGUGGCCGUAAAGAUGAGAUCUACCAAAGUGAUAAGGAGAUUUGUAGAGAUGGCAUCCACCGUCAUGGCCAUCUGCCUCUGUUACUCCACAAUUCUAUAUAUCCUGAUGAUGAACAUCACCAAGGAGGAUAAGGACCUGAGAGAAAUCAUGAGGAUGAUGGGGCUCAGAGACUCUGCUUACUGGUUAUCGUGGGGGCUGCUCUACGCUGUUUAUGUCGUCAUUAUGGCCAAUCUGAUAACUGUCACCGUCAGCAAUACUGUGUUUCUGGAAAGUUCCUAUGGAGUCAUCCUGCUCCUGUUCCUCCUCUAUGGGAUCUCAAUGAUUAGCUUUACGUUCAUGCUGUGUUCCCUGCUCCGCACACCCCGCCAUACGACGACGGUUGACAUUUCAUCCGCUCUCAUCCUGUGUAUACUGAGCCUCCUGCCGCUGUUCAAAAUCUUGCCGAGGCCUCUGGAAAUCUUCCUGUGCGUCUUCCCCCCCUUCGCCUUUUCUCUUGGGAUCAGUGAGAGUAUACACAUGGAGAACGACCUCCAGGGCGUCUUCUUCUCGGACAUCACUGGAGACGCCCCGCACGUACUGACCAGUUACAUAGGCCUGCUGCUGGACUGCGUCCUAUAUAUCUUCCUCACAUUGUGCUGUGAUAAGAUUAGAGCAGGUAAACAAGGCGUCAUGUCCUUCCUUUGCCCCUCCUACUGGACAAAAGGGACAAUGACCCCAAUUCCAUCGGACACAGUGGACAGAGAAGGGGCACGCGAUGAAGAUUAUGUCGAGAAGGUUCCGGUUGAAUUUGUAGGAAAAGAGGCCAUAAGGCUUAAUAAAGUUAAGAAAAUCUACGGCAGUAAAGACAAGAAGACAGAAGCUUUGAGAGAUCUGGACUUGGAUGUAUAUGAAGGACAGAUUACGGCGCUGCUCGGUCACAGCGGAGCUGGGAAGACUACGCUGCUGAAUAUACUGAGCGGGAUGAGCAAAGCCUCUGGUGGGUCGGUGUCCAUCUACAACCAUCAGCUCUCAAAGAGUCAUGACCUGGCCGAGAUCCAGAACAGAAUCAGCUUCUGCCCGCAGUUUGAUAUCAAGUUUGAUUAUUUAACUGUGAGAGAAAAUCUGGAGCUGUUCUCCAGGAUGAAGGGAAUCGCUGCUAGAGAAGUGAAGUCAGAGGUGGAUGGGGUCCUCUCUGACCUCCACAUGAACACGAUCGAGGGAGUGAAAGCCAGCAAUCUGAGCGGAGGCCAGAGACGCCGCUUAUCUGUUGCCAUCGCACUGUUGGGAGAUCCUGAGGUUCUUCUACUCGAUGAACCCACGGCCGGUCUUGACCCAUUUUCCAGACACCAGGUCUGGUCCAUCUUAAAGGAGCGUAAAGCCAACCGUGUUACUCUGUUCAGCACGCAAUUCAUGGACGAGGCAGACAUCCUUGCUGAUCGCAAGGUGGUCCUCAGCCACGGACGCUUGAAAUGUGUUGGAUCCUCCUUGUUUCUGAAAAGGAAGUGGGGAAUCGGCUAUCACCUGAGGAUGCGGGUGUCUCCAUCUUGUAGUCCAGACGCCAUAACCUCACUCGUACAAGAACACGUCUCCAGCGCCAAACUCACCGCCCAGAAUGUGGAGGACCUGACGUUCACGCUGCCCUUCGACAAGAUGGACUCAUUCCCAGCUCUGUUUUCUCACUUGGACCAACAUGUGGGACUGGACGUGAUGAGUUACGGGGUGUCGAUCACAACGCUGGACGACGUCUUCCUGAAGCUGGAGGGAGAGGAGGAGAUUGAGAAAGGAGAUUACGGUGUUUUCGCCCGUGAGCAAACGGAAGAUGAAAACAGAGACUUUUCCUCAGAGGUGGAGGAGUCUGUGCUGCUGAUGUCAGAUUCCGGGAACAUCACCCUUCAUGGGCUAGCCUUGUGGAGACAGCAGGUGGUGACGAUGGCAUGGGUCCGUCUCCUGAAGUUGAGGCACGCCAUGAAAAGCAUUCAAGCCAUAUUGCUUAUUCUCAUCAUUUUUAAAGUUUUGAUGAUCUUUUUUACCAUACGGACUUCAGAAAGGUGGCCCAUCUGGAAACUCUCUCCAGACCUUUAUUUUCGAGGACCGGGUCACAGGGAGCACAAGUACUACACCAGUCUUCUGGUCAAUAACAACACAGGUGCACCCAUCGAAGACUUUGUCAAUGGCAUAAAGGCGCAGGACGUUUCGGUGAAGGUCGUUGAUGGUCCAUACAACAGAAACGCUACAGGAUACAACGGUGCUAUCGAGCUGUCUCUGCAGGACAAGAGUUACCGCUUCAGGAUCAUUGGAAAUCCGCGAGUGCAGAACGGACUGCCGGUGCUGGUGAAUAUUCUCAGUAACGCCUUCCUGAAGAGCUUCGGAUCCACCGAGAAGAUCGAGAUCUCAAACAAACCCGUGUAUCCUGAAGUUUCUGAACGGAUGAGCAAUUCCCUGUUCUUUCUGAGCCUAAUGUACAUGGCGUUCGGCUGUGGUAUUGCCCCUUACAUUGCCAUGAGCAGUUUGGAGGAUAAUAAGAUCAAGGCUCGUUCUCAGCUGCGGAUCUCCGGCCUCUUCCCAUCGGCGUACUGGUGCGGACAGGCCUUGGUGGACAUCGCCCUCUACUGGCUGCUGCUCUUCCUGAUGAUAGCCAUACUGUUUGCGUUCAACUACUCGAUCACUCUGCCUCCUGUGAAGGCGGUAUUAUUGAUUCUGGACAUCCUCGGCUUUGGCGCCUCCAUGGUCCUCUUUGCCUAUGUAAUCACCUUUCUUUGCAGAAAAGGAAAAGCUAAUAGUGAUGACUGGUCUGUCUUAUUUAUUCUGAUUUCCAUCCUUCCCUUCUUGGCUGAGGUCUACUUUAGGAACUCUGUCAUGAUAUACAUCUUCGCCUUGACUUUACUGCCCCCCAGUAAUUUGCUGGCAUUCCUGGUGCACCUGAGCAAACCAAAUCACGUCUCCGAUUAUGAGCCGAGAACAAGCAUCCUCAUGAACGUGGCGAUUCCGUACAUCCAAGUUGUCAUACUCUGCACUGUCCUCUUAUAUUUGGAAAAGAAAUAUGGAAAAAGAUGCCUUACAAUGGAUCCAAUAUUCAAAUUUGCCGAAAGACAAUACGCAAUAAAAAAGAAUCCAGAAGAGCUAAGGGGAGCUGAUGAAGAUGUCAUGUCUGAGAGAAGAAAAGUCCAAAAUCUGAAGACGACAACCAACCCACAAGAGAAACCGGCCAUCCUUGUCGACAGUCUACGCAAAGAGUUUGAGCUCAAGCGCGCAAAUUUAUUUAAUAAGAAAAGUGUGACAAAAGUUGGAACCAGAAACGUCUCAUUCUCCGUAAGAAAGGGUGAAGUUCUGGGAUUACUGGGGCCGAAUGGUGCAGGGAAAUCUACAUGUAUUUUAAUGGUGGCUGGUGAAGAGGAACCAACAGCCGGGGAGGUGGUUCUGUGCAGUGCGGCUGACGACAACUCUGCGCUCCUGGGGUACUGUCCGCAGUCCACUCCUCUGUGGCCCAGCCUGACAGUGAUCCAACAUCUGGAGAUCUAUGCAUCGGUGAACGGAAUACAAAAAGACGACGCCGACCACGCCAUAAAGCGGGUGUCUGAGGUCCUGGAGCUGAAAGAACAUCUCAGUAAACCUGCCAAGAAGCUGUCUGUCGGGGUGGCCAGAAAAGUUUGCUUCGCCAUCAGCAUGCUGGGUAACCCGACCGUCGCCCUCCUGGAUGAACCGUCCACCGGUCUGGAUCCAAAAGGGCAGCAGAGACUGUGGAGAGCCAUCCGAGCAGCUUUCCGGAACAAGGAGCGAGGAGCCAUCCUGACCACGCACUACAUGGAGGAGGCAGAAGCCGUGUGUGACCGCGUCGCCAUUAUGGUGUCCGGGAAGCUCAGGUGCAUCGGGUCCAUCCAGCAGCUGAAGAGUAAGUUUGGUAAAGGUUACCUCCUGGAGAUGAAGGUGAAGGAUUCCCAGCGGGCGGAUGAGAUUCACCAGGAGGUCGUCCGGAUGUUCCCACAGGCAGACAGGCAGGACAGGUUCUCCUCGCUGCUGGUCUACAAGAUCCCUAUGGAGAACGUGCAGUCCUUAUCUCAGGCUUUCUCUCAGCUGGAGGAAGCAAAGCGAGCCCAUGACAUUGAGGAGUACAGCUUCUCCCAGUCCACCCUGGAGCAGGUUUUCCUUGAGUUGGCCAAAGAGCAGGAGAAAGAGGACUGUGACCAGGACGCCAUGUUCAAAUGGAGGCCCCUGAAGACGGAGAGCGCCUGACAAGCAGUCAGGGCAUGCUGAGACUAGUAGUGUCUCCCCAACCAAAGGUGCAGGAGGGUUCUGCGUG